AUGUUUGAUGAAAAUAUCAAUUCAAGUGAUUCUAAAUCAAUUGAAAAUAAUAAUAAUCAAAAACAAUCAAUUCAAACACCAUUAAGAAAAGUUAAUUCAAAUACUUUUUUUUAUUUACCAAAUACAAACACUAAUAAUGUCAAAUCUACAACUAGAAAUGAUCAAAUACUUACAAAUAAUUCAAUUUCAAAAGAAAAUAUUGAUCUUGAUCAAGAACAAAGUUUAUCAAGUGAAGAAUUUUAUGAAGCUUCACCAACAUUAGAAUUUGAAGAAUUAUAUUUUCCAACUUUAUUAAAUGAAAUAAAUUAUCCCCUUGUAAAUGUACCAAUUCAACCUCAUAUGUUAAAACCUUUAAAUUCAAAUAUAAAUAAAGAAUUAAAUUUAAAAAAUAUUCCAAUUGCAAAUAUUCCUAAAUCUUUCCCAUUAAAUCAAGAAAAUAAAACUAUUGAAGAAGAUUCAUUGUGUAAAAUUUUAGAAUUUGAAUUUAAAUUAAUUGAUGAUGAAAAAAAAUCUGAAGAAGAUGGUAAUGUUGAAUCAAAUAAUGUUAAAAAAGGAUCUUGGUGGACUAGAACAGAUCAUUGGUCAAAUUUAAUUGGACGUGUUGAAUCAGAUCAACAAUCAACAGUUGAUUUAAUUGAUUCUAAUAUUGAUGAUAUUUUUGUAAAUAUUCAUAAAUUUUGA